UUGAAUAGUAGAUUGCGAGAGAUCAAUGACGAGGUUCAUGUGCAUGCAUGCUUUUGUUGGUAUCAUCAUUGCGGUGGCUCUAAUGCAAUUCACGGCCGCGCAAACGGUGCAUGUGGUGGGGGAUGACAUGGGAUGGACAAUUCCCUCGAACGUUCCCUCAGCAUACAGCACUUGGGCUGCUAGUAAGAGGUUCAUGGUUGGAGACAUAUUGGUGUUCAACUUCACAACAAAUGAGCAUGACGUGCUACAAGUCCCCAAGUUAUCCUUCGAUGCAUGCAGCGGCGCCAACCCUAUCGGAAAUAUGCUCACCAAUGGUCCAGCCAACGUUACCCUCAACUCCACUGGCGAACACUAUUAUAUUUGCACAAUUGGGCAGCACUGUCAACUUGGCCAAAGAUUAGCCAUUACUGUUUCAGGCGCUUCUGGCUCCCCUUUUCCAGCACCUUCACCGACUACUAAUCCAACCACUCCUUCUCCUACUUCAGGCACACCCGCUGAUUGCACACCGUCUCCGACAUCUGGUCCCACUGGGUCGAGGCCUUCAGCCCCAAAUGCCACUCCUAAUUCUUCAUCUUCAGCUGUUUUUGCCAGUUUGUUGCUGUCCGUGUUGGCAAUUGUCAUGGGUUUAAUUUUCUAAGAUAUGGUACCGAGGGAGGAUGUCAUUCUUCUUAUAGUUCACAUUAUUCCUUCCACGAUUUUUUUUAUGGCGAGCUUGGGGA